AUGGCGGCUCGACCUGGAGAAAAGAAGCGUGUGCUGAUUGUCGGCGCUGGUGCUGCUGGCAUGUCAUGUGCCCAUCACCUCGCUGAGCACCCCGACAAAUUCGAUGUCACCCUUAUUGAUGCCGUCAACUACUGUGGAGGACAGGCCUUCUCGAUUCCGCUCGAUAAGGAGCGCCAUGGAGCCAGCUGGUUGAACCAGGGUGUGCAAGGUGGAAGCUACAUCUUCCACCACACCAUGACCAUGUUCGCACGACAAGGACACCGCGCCGACCCCGUCAACCUCCAUGUUUCAUUCGGAAAAGACGACAUCUUCUGGACCAAUGUUUUCCCCACUGAUUUGCUUGCACGGCACCAAGCGGAAAUCAAACGAUUCAAGCGUAUGAUGACGUUCUCUCGCUGGUUCGAAGUCAUUUUUGCCCUGAUACCCAUCAAGUACAUGUUCAAGCUCUGGAUGUUUUCGGAGGAGUUCACCAAUACCGUGGCCAUGCCUAUGAUUGCUCUGUUCCUUGGAACUGGAAACGAGACACCAAAUGUACCCUUUAUCGUUCUUGAGCGCCUUUGCACAAGUCCAACUUAUGGUCUAUGGUACCCCCCGGAUAAGCACAGCAUUGCGAGUAAUUUACCGCCCAUGGUUGUGUUCCCGAAGUUCACCGAAUUCUACGGAAAAUGGAAAGAUGAUCUGAUCCGCAAGGGGGUCAAUGUCAGACUUUCGACUGAAGUUACAAGAGUAGUUAAGCGAGAUAAGGAUGGUGUGAUUGUAAAGAUCAUCAAGCGUGCACCAGUCCCGGAUGAGCAUAACCCUAACAGUGCUUGGGUGCCCAAUGACCCUGUCAAUGCCGAUGCGAACGCAAAGGAAGAGUCUGAGCACUACGACGAGAUCGUUCUCUGCGUCCUCGCCGACACAGCUAAGCGCAUCCUCACACCAUGCGCCUCUCUUCGCGAGAAGAAGGUCCUUGGUUCCGCAAAGUUCUCCGACGAUAUCACUAUUACCCACUGGGAUAGCGAGUACAUGAAGAACCACUACGAGAAUUUCUACGACGACAAGAAGGCUGUCUCCAGUCUCUCUGGUGUCGACCAAUCGCAAAGAUUGAAGUAUGCAAAGGAGUCAUUCAAGCCCAUGUACUACAUCAAAAUGUACUCUCAAGACCGUUCGAAACUGGAAAUGUGCUUCGACUGCACAAACUACCAGAGCCAGUUUCCACCAGACGUUCCGUUCGACAGACACGUCUUCCAAACCAUCUACCUGAACAAGCACCGCGACGGCCACCUCUGGAGCAGCGACGAGAUCAACAAGGACAAAAUCAUCCGUCAAGACUGGUGGCACCAGCUCUGCCACUCAUGGACCCACUACCUCUUCGUCGUUCCCUGGAUGUGGCUGCUGCAAGGCCGCAAGCACACUCGAUUCGCCGCUGCCUGGACGCUCAUCAACGCGCACGAAGUCGCCGUCAUGUCCGGCAUCGCCGCUGCCGUCGACCUCGGUGCGACGUACCCCGAGGAUCUCGAGCGCGACAAAUUCGCUCUCCUGAGUUUCCGCCUGUACUACCUCCUCGCAUACGGCAAGUGGUACAAGAGGCACGCAACCAAGACGACAAAGGAGGGCCCUGGAAAAGAUUGGGCAAGCGGCUGGUACGGCAGUGUGUACAGAGGUCCUGGAGUCGGCACCACAGACAGGAAGCAGUGGAGAGAAGAGAACGACAUUCAAGGCGAUGGUCCUGCGUACGACUGGCCCAUAGACGCUGGUGCGCGUCAUAGGGUUGGAGGGAAGCCCGGCACUGGUGAUGGUGGCAAGGCGUCGCAGGAGGGGCUUGUUGCAUGA